UUGUUUAUGUACCCCUCUGCCCGCCGGUUCGGUCUAAUCUCUCUCGGACUCGUCAUUAUGUGUUUCCGUGUCGAAGCCGACGCACGUCUCUAAACUAUGGGAAGAAAACGUAAACUACAAGAAGUUGCUGAAAAAUCACGGCCGAAACGCCGCCGCAUACUCAGCUCGUCGUCAGACUCUUCGUUGGAUGAAAGUCCUAAUCGUAAUACGAUUGCAACAGUUUCUUCGCCAAGAAGUUCUGUGUACCGAAUGGGCCAUGAUAUGGCACAAGUUAUGCCAAUCGUUUCACCCUUACCGGCCACACCGCCAGCUGUUAUGACACCACAGCGUUCUGCAGAUGCCGAAGAGUUGGACUCAGAUAUUUUAGAAUUACUUGGUGAUGCCCUGAAGCCAAAUACAUGUUUCGGUAAAAGCAUGCACAAGGACGUGGCGGAUAGAUGGCAAGAUAUCUUAGGGAAGGGUUUGCCUAAAGAAACUAAAGAAAAACUUCUCAGUGAAUAUAUGGUUCCGGAUAAUUGUAAAAUGCUAGUUGCACCAAUACUCAACCCCGAGGCGAAGGCGGCUUUAACCGAUGCCACUGUUAAAAGAGACCAUGCUUUAUUGGAUAAACAGAAACAAGUUGGUGUUGCGUUGUCAGCGCUGUCGCAGGCCAUAGACGAAAUUAUAUCAAUUGCAAACAAAGAACAUAAAUUAAAAAUACUUAAACCUAUCAGUGACGCAUGUCGCAUUUUGUGCGAAGUGCAUAAUAGUGACACGAAACUGAGAAGGAAUUUUGUGAUCUCAGCCGUCAACUCGAGUCUCAAGGAUACCUUAAUGGAAACUGGCCGAGACGAUUACUUAUUCGGUACCAAUUUAGCAGAGCGGUUAAAAACCGCAAAAACAAUUCAAUAGUCAAGCGAAUCGCUUCGUCAAAAGUUCAAUAAAAACAAUUUCGUAUCUAAACCGAAUUACAGAACACAUUUAAACUCUCGGGGCCUGCAUCGGGAACAGAAGGUAACGUAUAGAGCCGAUGCAGGCCGCGCACGAGGGCCAGCACGUCAGCCGCCACCGCCGCCGCCCCCCGCCACGCGCAGCUACCGUGCACCUCGGGCCGCGCCGCCGCCGUCUCCCCCGCCGCAGCGCAGGACACGACGCUAGUGCAGAACGAGGUACGGUACGCAGGUCGGUUGCAAUACUUUAAAGACUAGUGGUCUAGGAUAACGAGCGACCGUUAUAUUUUUUCAAUAAUUCAAGGAUACAAAAUACCCUUUUGGUGUACGCCAUCACAAUCUAUUUCCCCAGAAGUUAUUACAAAGU